GCCUUUGGAAUCAGUAAACAAACAAUAAAAAUGUUAGGCACAAUACAUAUACAUGUUUUACAUGAACACAUACCUUUGCAUUAGCCAAAGAAACAAAAGCACAAAGGUUCUGAACAAUUAUGCAGCCCUGGACAUCACGAUGCCUAUUGGAGCCAAAUGUGGAGCUGCUAUAUUGAUUAAUCUAGAUAGUUUAGUCACUACAUGAUUCAUAGAGUUACAAAACAGUUACAAUUACAAACCUUGGUUAAGAGGUAUGUUAGCCCAAUAGCAUAAGCUGAGCAAUCUUACUUUGUGUGCAAGUCAGUUCUCUUACUUGUACUACAAAUCUAAAAAUAAUAAUUAGCUUCUAGUUUGAUUCAACUAGUAUAGUUUGUUCUUCUUGAAUAAAGAACUUAAGAUCAACUUGCAUACAUCAAAAAGAUACAUAUUGUUAUCUUAGUCUAAUAAUAAUGGAUAAUUAUCAUGCAGGACCAUUCAAUAGAAGCUUAAAUCCUGUUGUAUGUAUAAAACUAACAACAUUUUGUGUUAAUAUGAAAAUCAAUAAACACAUUCUUCAUGCACACUUUUUAAAAUAUAUAUAAAUAAAGCAAUACCACUCCAAAAUAUUAGAGACCAAUUCGUUGUUGGGGGAUUACCGCAGACGGCAAUAAAAAAUAUAAAAAUAAUGGUGAAAGGAUCUCAAUGGUAUCUUUACUCAUAUCUUGCAAUACCACUCCAAAAUAGAGACCUGUUAAGGGAUUACCACAAAAGGUAAUAAAAUAUUAAAAGUAAUGGUGAAAGGAUCUUAGUGGUAUUUUUUUAUUCCUAUUUGGCAACAGUUCUUUCUUUUCUUUUCUUUUUUGAGCAAACCGUUCUUUCUUUAUAAGUGUAUAUAUAUCGGAACCUGCGACCUGAAAGGUCUCAACACAGCUAUAAGUAAAAGAUUGCUGAAACUGAGAGAGAUGGAAAAAAAACAAAGGGAGGAAAAAUGGAACGAGGAAGAACAAGCAGAAGUGGAUAUCUGGAAAUACAUACUUGGGUUCACAGAAAUGGCUGUAGUCAGGUGUGCCAUUGAGCUUGGGAUACCUGAUGCCAUUGAAAGCCAUGGAAGUCCCAUGACACUCUCUGAGUUGUCAUCAACUCUAAAAUGUGCCCCUUCACCUCUCUACCGCAUUAUGAGGUUCCUAAUGCACCGGGGAAUAUUCAAAGGGACACUCAAUAGCCAAUGCUCCCCAGGCUAUGCACAAACACCUCUAUCUCGUCGUUUGAUGAAACAUGGAGAACAUAGCAUGGCUGCUUUGAUUCUGCUAGAGAGUAGCCCAGUGUUGUUGACACCAUGGCUUAGUCUAAGUGCACGUGUUCUAGACGAUGAUACUUCAUCAUUUGAGGUGGCACAUGGUGAAGAUAUAUGGAGCUAUUCAGCUGCAAAUCCUGCUCACGGCCAACUUAUCAAUGAAGCAAUGGCUUGUGAUGCCAGGGUGUUGGUGCCUGCAAUGAUUCACGGCUGCCCUGAGGUGUUUGAUGGGCUUGGCAGUUUGGUCGAUGUGGGUGGUGGCAAUGGAACAACUUUGAAGGUGUUGGUUAAGGCAUUUCCAUGGCUUCGAGGCAUCAACUUUGAUCAACCUCAUGUUGUAUCUCUUGCAGGAGUGAUCAGCGGAGUCGAAAAUGUUGGGGGUGACAUGUUUGAAAGUGUUCCAAAGGCUGAUGCUGCUUUCCUGAAGUGGAUUCUGCAUGACUGGGGAGACAAUGAGUGCAUCCAAAUCCUUAAAAAAUGCAGAGAAGCUGUUCUGGAGAACAAAGGAAAGGUAAUAAUUGUUGAUGCUGUGAUUGAAGAAGCAGAAAUAGAUAAGCUAACCGAUGUGAGGCUAGCACUAGACAUGGCGAUGAUGGCUCAUACCAAUAAGGGCAAAGAGAGGACAUUGAAAGAAUGGGGAUUUGUUCUUGGGGAGGCUGGAUUUGGUAGAUACACAGUGAAAACCAUUCCUGCUGUGCAAUCAGUGAUUGAGGCAUUUCCAUAAUUUAUAUAUUUAAGGAACAUGGUGUUGUUGUUGUUGUUUAAGGAACAUGCAUGGAUCUCUAAUUUUAUGUGGUAAUAUGUUGUAAUGGCUACUACUAGAAGACCAGUUUGAGUUGAUGUAGCUCGCUUGGUUUUAAUUGCAAUCUAAUAAUCUAUGAUUAUGAAAA